GCAUUUCACCCUUUCUCCCAAACCCCACUCUUAAAAAUAUAUUUUAUACAAACUAAUUAAUUAAUAAUCGGAAUAGAAUAGAUAAAUCGGAAAAAGCAAAGAUGAGAACAAUAUUUGUGUAGUGAUCUGAGUUCGGUGGUGGAAACAAUGCUACAAUGGCCCCAUACAGGCAGUCGGGAGCGGAGAGAUUCGGCUCACGUGCCCACGAUCUCCACCACCACCACCACUCCAAUGGCGUCUCGGAUCACGUGACCGUCGGGGUCCGCUCCGCUUCACACAAACUGGCUCGAAAUCGCCGACCGGGUCGAUCCAAUAGGGGACUGCUUGGGGUCUCGAUCGGCGGGGUCAUCGUUGUUCUCUCGCUAGUUCUCGUUCUCACUGUCUUCUUCUACUACUUCAUUUCUAAGGAAAAUGGAGAAGUAAAUACGUUUCAUGGCGAGGAUGAUGAUUUAAGGAAUGACCUUGAUUUUCUAGUCAAUGUGACACGGACGAAGACUUAUAAAGUCCUCAAGUUUGGUAAGGGGUCAGUAGUUCAUGGUCGAGAUUCGAGGUAUUGGGAUAGGGAUGACAGGAGAAGAGACAACGAUUACAAUGAGGAUACGGUAGACAACAGUAGAGUAGGUGCUAGAGAUGAAGCUAUAGAUAGUAGUGAUGCUUCGGCGAAACUAAAGAACCUUGACAAGAAGUCCGUUAUUCUUAGUUCUCUCAAGGAUUCAGAUGGGAAAGGGGUUGGAUUGUACAACGAAGCUGGGCGUAAUGAGUUGAAAAUGUAUGAAGCUGAAUAUGAGGCCUCCUUAAAAAAUGCACGAAAAUCAUUUAAAGAUGUCAGUCAAAAUGAGCAAUUGGAUGACAAACAUUCAGAAAAGCAAAAUGAUGUAAUUGAUUCUUUUGAUGAGUAUGAUGAUGGGAUAGAUUAUCAUGACGCUCAUGGAGAUGAGUAUGAUGAUAGUAGACAUGGCAAGGGGGAUCCUUUUGACAUAGAAAAAACGCAUAAGGAGAAUAAUGACCAUAAGACUGAGAGCACUUUCAGCAAAUCACUUGGGGAGGAUUCUUCCGAGCAUUCUCAAAAUAUUGUUGAAGCUAAUAAGAAGUCCAGAGAUGUCAGUGUCACCGAUGGUCAAUCUUCAAAAAAGUCUCGGUCAGACUUGAAAAGGAAAGGAAAACGGCGGAAGUUUUCCGGUUCCUCUUGUGAGAUGAAAUUUGCAAACUCUACUGCACACCUUAUAGAGCCUCUAGAAAGUCGAAAAUUUGCAAGAUUUAGCUUGCAGUAUACUGAAUUUGAGGAAAAACCUGUUGGAUUGGAGCAUUGGGAACCAAAAUUUGCAGGGCAUCAGAGUUUGCAGGAAAGGGAAGAUUCAUUCUUGGCACAUGAUAAAAAAAUAAAUUGUGGUUUUGUUAAAGGUCCUAAAGGGUCCUCAAGUACUGGAUUUGAUUUGGCUGAAGAUGAUGCAAAUUAUAUGAGCAGAUGCCAUAUUGCUGUCAGCUCUUGUAUAUUUGGCAACUCAGAUCGCUUGAGAACGCCUACUGGUAAAACGGUCACUCGUGUGUCAAGGAAAAAUGUCUGCUUUGUCAUGUUCAUUGAUGAGAUUACUUUAGAAACACUUUCUUCAGAAGGUCAAACACCAGACAGAAUGGGUUUUAUUGGAUUAUGGAGGAUUGUGGUGGUGAAGAACUUGCCAUAUGCUGAUAUGCGGAGAGUUGGAAAAAUACCAAAACUUUUACCCCAUCGGCUUUUUCCAUCUGCAAGGUAUUCUAUUUGGUUAGACAGCAAAUUACGACUCCAACUUGACCCUCUACUCAUAUUGGAAUACUUCCUGUGGCGAAAGGAUAAGGAGUAUGCAAUCUCCAAUCACUAUGACAGACAUUGUGUUUGGGAGGAGGUUAUGCAAAAUAAGAAAUUGAACAAGUACAACCAUACCAUCAUAGAUCAACAAUUUGAAUUUUAUCAAGCUGAUGGCUUGACUAGAUUUAAUGCCUCAGAUUCAGAAAAGCUUCUCCCCAGCAAUGUACCAGAAGGGUCUUUCAUCAUUCGGGCUCACACACCAAUGUCAAAUUUGUUUUCUUGUCUCUGGUUUAAUGAGGUUGAACGGUUUACUCCCCGCGAUCAGCUAAGUUUUGCCUAUACAUUCCAGAAGUUAAGAAGGAUGAAUCCUGGAAAACCAUUUCAUCUUAAUAUGUUCAAGGACUGUGAGAGAAGGGCCAUUGCCAAGCUGUAUCAUCACAGGUCAGAGGAGAAGCGAAACAUUCGGCACAAGGAAACUGAGUAAAUAAUACGUCCUAUAUUAGCCAUUUUUUUUGGGAAUCUGGUUUCUGUGGAUGGAAUUCAGUCAAACUGUUCUUCAGUGCGUGCUGCUUGAUGCUCAGUUGUAGAAUCUCCAACAUGUGGUGUUAUUCGCAGAUACGGUAUGUUGGGAUUUUUAGCAACUUUUGUGUAAAACAAGUGUUUUGCAGCACUGACGUUUUAUGGAGUGAGUUGUUUUGGGGGACGAACAUCAUUACCAUGAGGUGUUUUAUCUCAAGUGUAGAAAAAGAAAUUGAAAUCUACUUUAUCGUCCCCUCUUAAUUGUAUUCAUUUCAUUUUCUUUUCUUUUCUUUGAUCAUUGUUUUGUAUGGAGGCGAGUGAAGCAACAGAUACCUUUGUACUAAUUACUGCCACUACAAAGUACAGUCUUUUGCAUUUCAUGUUUUGUAUUGCUAAUAUAACAAAUUUUGGUGGGA